UAACCGCCAACUGUUGCUGGGCGUAACUUUGAGCGUUUAAUGUACAAUGUAAUGGAAUAACGCUCAUACGUACUUGCGACAAACACGGCGUAAAUAGAAAAAACCGGAGCCCAUCGACGUUCUGAUGUAUACACGGAAGGAGAAAGCACACGCAAUCGAUAUCGCGCUUUCCUAGAGCUAACCUAACCUGAUGUAACUGAACGCGCGCAUACGGUUACGAAACUCACGUAUCCCCUCCCCGUGCCAACUGUAAACGAUGUUACACGUAAUAUGGAUGGCAGUGUUUAUUCUAUCUACACCAUUCGCAAGUAACACUAUUUAUCUCCAUUUUACGGACGUGAUAUAAGGGACCGGUGCUGUCACCUGUACUGUUCAAAAUCGACUUCAUGGCACGAACCAUGGCCACUUCACGGACUUUCAAGGAGAAUUUGUUUGACAGUAAUUAUCACUGGUUUAUCAGUUUGCAACUCAGAUGACUGGAAUGAUUUCGUCGAGAAGCAAGCUCCUAGCUGAAAUGGCUGAUUGGAAUUUUCAAUGAUAGCUGUAAAAUAACAACGGAUGCAAAGAUUAAUUGAAUAGCUCGUCGUUGGAACGGAUAUUAUUCCGGGUAUAAAGGGUUAACUAUAAGGCCGCUUGCAUACGUACCGGAAAAACUGGCGUCGGCACCGGCUUCCCUGCCAAGAACAAUUGUCCAGAAUCAUUUCCGGGGGUUGUUUGACGGAACUCGAGGUCACCGAGCUGGGGUGCAAAGAAAUCGAGAGCAAGUCGCCGACCCUACGGCUGAAGAGGCAUCUCUUUUGCGAUUACGACAGCACCGUCCGACCUGCGGAUUCACAUGGAAAUGAGACGGCGGUGUACAUCACGCUAAUGCCAAAAUUAAUUGAAUUCAAUGACCAUGACGGCGUUCUCGUUCUUCACAGUUGGUUGUCAAUCAUUUGGGAAGAUGCCCAUCUUAAAUGGAAUCCCGAGGACGUCGGUGGACUGGAAAAAAUUCAUGUCCAGAGCGAAGAAUUAUGGACACCUGACAUUUCCGUGUACAACUCGGGAGACAUGAACGAAGAUCAGAGCGGUUUACCUGCAACGAGAUGUAUUCUCGGCUAUGACGGACAAGUGCAUUGCGUCCCUGCAGUAAAAUACACUGCGUCGUGCGAUGCAGAUUACAGGUUGUGGCCUUUCGACAAGCACAAUUGCACCAUUCAUAUUGGCUCAUGGGCACACACUGGAGAUGACAUUGACUUCCAUCUCCAAGGAAGCGACGUCUUUAGAGUGGACUUUGUGGAAAAUCGACAAUGGGACCUGGAAUCGAUUACAGCCGUAAAAAUAAUACAAAAGUUCCCAUGCUGUCCGAAUGACACCUUCCCUUUGUUGGCCUACCACAUCGUUAUUAAAAGACAUCACGAUAGUAUGCAUGCCGUCUUCGUUACACCGGCAAUCAUAUUGAUACUGUUAACCAUGACCGUAUUGUGGCUGGAACCGAAAUCUACAGAAAGAUUAGCAGUUGCUUGUAUCAGUUUUAUUUGCCACCUCAUCUGUAUACAGGAUCUCCAAUGGAUGUUACCGCCUAAUGGUGGUACAGCUCCUUACAUAUUACUCUUCUACCGGGAUUCCCUCAUUUUGGCCGGAGUAUCUCUCCUUUUAACGGUUAUUCUGCGCCAACUGCAAGAGAUGAAAACGACUCCGCCCAUGUGGUUGUCUUCUCUAAUGUCCGUCAUACUUGAUACAAGAGGAGGUCAGAUAUUCAUCUUAACAAGUUUAAACCCUAAAGUCUCAGCAGUAGUUGAAACAAAAUCUGAUGAGAAUGCCGAGUUUGUUAAUCCACAUUCAGCAUCAACAAAGGAAGAGUCUGCCUGGGGGUACCUUGCUAUCUGUAUUAGUCGUCUAUCAUUCUUAAGUAUUUUGGUGACGUAUAUUGUACUACUGGCAACUCUCACUCCCAUUGACACUUCCUUGCCAUCGAAACCUCCGAAAUCAUAACAUAUUCACCAUUACCAUUAGUCCAAACACUUCCUAUUCAUAAACGGUAUUCUCAUAUUAACUUGUGUUCCUUUCAGAAUUCAGUUUCGUUCAUUGCAUGACAGAGCCAAACAAUUUGUUCCCUUUGAAAAAAUGUGUGAUCUAACGGUGCAAUAUUAUCUUUUGCUUCCAAUAGUUUUGUCGAAAAAUUGUGGGAAUUACACAUAAAUUUAUACCUUAUCCUUUUCUUCAUUUAAUUAAGCAUAUCCUGCGGUGCACGCCCGGCUAAAAAAUGUACAUUUCUGUAGUUCCAUUUUAUGUAAAUGUUUGAAACAAUAAUUUACGUUAUGGGAUAGAUAAAUCAUAGUAGAUGAUUUGGUUAAAAAAAACAAAAGGAAAUACUGGGAAGGCCUUUUCCUUAUAAAUACAUUUAUUUCAUAAAAUGCAUAAACUGGCUAGUUGUUUCUCCACUUUCAUGUAUGCGAUUCAUUCAUUUCCAUAUUGCAUUCUAGAAAACGCAUUGAUAUAUAAUAAUUAAAAGAAUAUUCCAUGAGGUAAUGACGCAUUCUUUUGAUAAUGUAAUAUGAAGUGGUUAUCGUUACAAAUGCUUGUAGCAAUACUGAAAAAAUCAUGAACCCAUCAAUGCUUACAGAACAAGUCAGAUAAUUGAUUUAUGUUGAACGCUUCAACCCGAACGUUUUAAUAAUUUCUUACACUAUGUACAUUCUUGAACUAUGCCACUUUUGAGAUGUUCAUGUUAGUGCAAAUGACGGAUAAGCAGAAAAUAUGGUAGGGUUUAUGUAACAAUUGGACAGAAAUGUUUUGGAGUUAUAGUACUAUGUACAAUAUUAAAAGAAAAGUAGCUAAAUGGUUAAGCUCUUAUGAACAAUUGGUUUUGUGAUGUUGUCGAGAGUUUAGAAAAAGAAAUAUAAUGUCGAUGAUUAAAUAUAUAGAAGAAAAGAAAUGAAAAAGCAGUUGAUCACCCGUACAGUAGUUCACUGCGAUUUAUACAAGAGGUAGUCCUUCAGGAUUCGAGGUAAUGGAAGGGAAUCCACAUCGGUCCUUUUUGUAUAUUCUAAUAUAGCAUCACGGCAUGCACUCUGAAGAGUUGAUACUGUAGAAGCAUGAAACAAUAAAUAGUUAAUUUUACAAAUAAAAUAUAUAAGCGAAUUGAUA